UGAUCUGCUCGCACACCAGUGGGCGGCACGGGGCUCAGGAGGUAGAGCACGAUGACUGGUGACCGGAGGGUUGCUGGUUCGAUCCCCGGCUCCUCCUGUGUCGAGGUGUCGCUGAGCAAGGCACCUCACCCUGACUGCUCCCGACGAGUUGGCUGUCGCCCUGCGUGGUUGACUCCGCCGCCGGUGUGUGACUGUGUGCAUGAAUGGGUGAAUGUUAGGCAGUAUUGUAAAGCACUUUGAGGGGCCACUGGUUAGAAAAGCUCUUUAUAAAUGCCGUCCAUUUACCAUUUACCUGGGUGUGCGUUUGUGUGUUUUGUGAAGGUGGAAUUGAAGACUCAUUUGUCAUUACAGGGGUACUGUUUAAGGUGUUCUCGAGUCUUGUAGUUUGUGCGUUGGUUUAUUACACGUCUGAGAUUUGCACAAAGUUGAAACAUUGCCCUACAUUUCUUAAUUAGUUAGUCUUUUCCAGCCAGAAAAAGGCUAACCUUUUUAGUCAAAGCUAAGCACAUUUUCAGUCUGCUCGCUAGCUGUUGCCACUUAGAUCUUAUUAGCAUGUAAAUAUGGGCCUGGUGUUAAUCAUUUUUAUUGUUAUUGAGUUUCAUUAUUUACCAUGUUGUUUCACAGAGGGAAACAAGAAAUAUAGAUUACAAUCUCUCAAAGAGCCAUGGAGCCCAGUGUUUCAGAUGUAAUUCAACACUAUGUGAUUUAAAGGCCUGAGAAAGAGAGGUUUAGGAAAGAGGUGUUAUGAGUGUUUUUAUAAGCAAUGUUGUAUCUGAGAUCCGCCGCACACCGUAUCGUUAUGCGAUAGGUGUCCGGCCAGCCGAACCUUCACUCGUACCCGGGUAUAAAAUAGACACCGCUGCUCAGACGGAGCCUCGUCCACACACACCGCGUAGAGUUAAAGUACUAAGUGCCCCACUUUCUCUCGGACAUCGCAGUCCGCUGCUUCCCAGACGGAGCUCCACACGUCCACGCAAACCGGACCGCCGGGGCCCCUUGGUCGUGACGUCAGACUAGCUAUGAAAAAGGUAGUGUGACGUCACGAACCGAACGCCACCUGCAUGCGCAGCAGAGUGGGCCGUUCACGGACUGUUUUGGGGAGAAAAACAUAGGAUCUUGCCAAUUUCUUUCUCUAAAUUUGGGAGUUAUUUCAGUAAUAGUGAAACAAUGCCAUAUAUUACCAUGUUGAAGAUUUAAACGUUUAAAACAAAUAAAAGUGUUUUCGGUUGCACUGUCUCUUUAAGAAGUGUGAGGCAAUAGGAACAGUUAGCUAGACGGUGUUGCAACACGGAACUAGGUGGCUAUUGCACCGAGGGUGAACAGGGUAAGCUUCCGUGUUAUGAACUUGGGCAGAAGUUUGUUGAAACUUAUCACCAAGUUGGGUAAUAACAAUAAAUCAUGAAGUCACCUAAUGGGUAAAGGGAACCGAAAGUAAUAUGGCAGAAGCGGCAGCGGACUCGGCCUGUGUAACCGGACCCUGACCAGCCCUCCGUGCGUCAUGGACGGGCUGAAACCACCGUGGACGCUGUGCCUCGACUCCGCUCUCCAUUUUUCGAGGACAUGGGAGAAUUGGAGGGACCAGUUUGUGCUCUAUGUGGACUCAACAAUGACGACCGAGGAGGACAUGGCAAAAGUGAAACUUUUCAGCUGUCUGAUUGGCGAGAGUGGCAGGGAGCUACUGGACACAUUGAUGGGCGUUACGGACAAGGAGGCCUGGACGAUGGAUGACAUUAUAAACACGUUCGAUGAGCAUUACAACCCUGGCGCGAACGAGACCAUGGAGCGGUAUCGUUUUUUUUCUAAAAACCAAGGCGCCAGUGAAACCAUUGACAGUUACGUCACGGAGCUGAAAGUGCUGGCCCGGAAAUGCAACUUUGGAGCUCUGAGAGACUCGCUCAUCCGUGACCGGAUUGUGUGUGGGAGUCACAAUACGGGCAUGAGAGACAGACUGCUCCGCCAGAAGAAAAUGACGCUAGACACAUGUGUACGGCUGUGCAGGGCCGCAGAGCUGCCCCGGGAAAAUGUUGAAGUCAAGGUGGAAGAGGUGCAUGCAAUGCAAGGGGCCGAGCUGCCCCGGGAGAAUGUUAUAGCCAUCUUCGUACCCAAGGUGGAAGAGGUGCAUACACUGCAAGGGGCUGAGCCGCCCCGGGCGGAUGUUAUAGCCAUCUCCGGAGCCAAAGUGGAAGAGAUUCACGCAUUGCAAGGGGCAGAAUCGCCCCGGUUGGAUGUUAUAGAGAUCUCCGGACUGUUGUUGGAAGAGGUGCCUCAGGAAAAUGUUCUAGCGAUAUCCGGUCCUGUGUUGGAAGAGGUGCAUACACUGCCAGGAGAUGAGCUGCCUGAGGAGAAUGUUAUAGCCAUCUCUGGGCCUGUGGUGGAAGAGGUGCAUACAUUGCAAGGGGCAGAGCUGCCUCAGGAGAACGUUAAAGCCAUCUCUGGACCGACUGUGGAAGACGUGCUGAAAACAGCAGCAACAUGCAAGAAAAGGAAACUAACUAACUACGAGGUGGAUUGCGAGUUGUGUGGAAACACGCAUGGAAGAAGCAAAUAUAAAUGCCCGGUGUACGUACGCAAGCCGAGAGCGGUGCGUCCCUGCUCGCCCAUCAACACGCCCAGCCUGCCCCUCAGGAAGAAGAGCAAGGAAGGCAAAGGCAACACCAUCUACCUGUGGGAGUUCCUGCUGGCUUUACUUCAGGAUAAAAACACCUGUCCCAAAUACAUCAAGUGGACGCAGCGGGAAAAGGGCAUCUUCAAGCUGGUGGACUCCAAGGCGGUGUCGAAGCUGUGGGGCAAACACAAGAACAAGCCCGACAUGAACUACGAGACCAUGGGCAGAGCCCUCAGGUACUACUAUCAGAGAGGCAUCCUGGCCAAGGUGGAGGGCCAGCGGCUGGUGUACCAGUUCAAGGAGAUGCCCACGGACCUGGUGGUGAUCGAGGACGAGGACCCGGGCUCCGACAGCAGCUCCGUGUACAGCGGCCAGCGGCCUGGGGUUCCGGGCCGCGCCAUCGUCCGCGGCAACGGGGCGGGCGGGGCCAGGGCCCACGGCAAGGCCUACAGCCCCCUGUCGGCCAAGCAGGUGAAGAAGGAGCCGCUGGACGACAGCUUCUACCAGGAGUUCAACGGGAAGGAGCAGAUCCUGCAGCCGCUGGGGUCGCAGACCAUGAGGACCAUCAACGUCCCCUCCUCCCUGCCCAUGGUCAUCACCUCGUCCUGCUCGCUGCAUUCCUUCCAGUCCCUGAGCGGCGUCCUGGGCAAUGGGGACUCGCUCCACGCCUCCUCGCCGCAGGUCAUCCUGCACACCGUGCCCGGCGGCGCCGGCUCUAAGGACGUGCUGACCAUCCAGGCGGCCUCGCUGAACCCCGGGCACUGCCUGCAGGAGGGCCUGCCCCAGCAGCUCCUGGUCGCCACCUCCGCCUCCUGCCCGACCUCCGUCAGCCACUCCACCGCCGCCGCCUCCGCCUCCUGCCUCCCGGGCGUGGCCCGCCUGCUGACCCUGGCCGGCCCCGGGGCCCACGCCAUGGUGGCCCACGGGGGCCACAGCGUGGUGGCCCAGCAGCCCGGCACGGUGAUCGCCACCGUGCUGAAGGCCGGCGACCUCCACGGGCUGCAGGUCAAGGAGGAGAUGCUGGACCCCAACUACUUCCAGGCCAUGGUGAACGGCGACCCGUGCCUGGCGCAGGGCGGCUUCGACGGGCAGGACAUGGAGCAGGAAGGGGCGGAGCUCAACUACAGGACUGUCGUCACCGACGCCCGCCACCAAGGCCUCGAGGGGCAGGCCGGCGGCGGCGGGGGCGGGGGCCGGGGCGCGGUGAACGGACACUUUUCCCAGAGCAGCGGUCCCAGCGAGGGCCUCACCCCGGUGGAGGAGCUGGAGGUGCGGGGGGAGAUGUCCCUACAGGCCGAGCCGGGGCCCAAAGGGCUGCCGGGGCUGCCCAACGCCACCCAACUCCCCGUAAACUUUAUCCAGAUAAAGACGGAGCCCGCGGAGGUGUAGGGGCCGGCGGACUCUACCGUACGCAGUGGACGAUGCGUAUCUGAGCGACGGGGGAAAGGAUGAGCUUCUUUUCACACAGAGAACGAUCCGGUCCGCACGACGGACCACGUGACGCUAGAAGCGCUCGGGGAUCGAUCUCGGGGUUCUCUGGAUGUUUGUCUGGUUGACGUACGGCAGGGUCGACCUCGUGUGUACUCUAUGUUUAUGUAUUUGAAAGAUGUCAUUAGGAUUUUUAAUAAACACACCGUGGACGCAAACAAACACACACACAGACACACACACACAGACACACACACACACGUGCAGACACACAUCUCGGUUCCUGUUAGGAGAACAGCCAUUUGUCAGACUAGGGAUCCUUAUAUACCAACUGUGCCAGUUAAGUUAUUUUCUUCCUACGAGAACGUCGUACAUGGCACGGCGUUGAUGCAGGAGUAAAGAGACAGUGUCUCCACACAGGGGAACCACAACAACCAAACACAACAGAAGAAGAUGAAAGCCAAAAGGUGCAAUUAAAUCUCAUUUGAGAGAUAAUGUGCUUUUAUUUGUUUGUUUUUUUCUCAAACGCCCAGUAAUGCCGGAACAAAAGUAGCGGCGUUGUGGUGUUCAAUCAGACAAAAAUAUAUAGAGAAAAAAAUCACACCAAAGACUAAACUGAAGAGUGCCUUAAAGGAAAGCUCAGCUCAAGAUGUCCUCGGAAAAAUAUGAGUUUUUUUACGUUUAAAAAGUCAAAAUUCCUCUCUUUGUAUCCAUUCUUUCUGUAAUGUAUGCGUUGCCCUCUCUUUUUGCCCUAGAAGCACUGUUUUUUUGACAAUUCUGGGCAUUUUCGUGUCCGCCAUGUAAAGACUACUGUUGUGUUUGUAAAUAGCUAAAGACAGCAUGGGGACGAAGAGCAAUGAAGAGAGGAAGAUGAAAAAUACAAAUAAUACAAUAUGAAAUAGAAUAUAUAUGAAUAUAUAUAUAUAGAGAGAGACAAUACAAAUAUACAAUUGAGAUACAAUUUUAAGGCCACAAGAAAUUUAUUUAUUUUUCGAUUUUUCUAAAUUCUGUAUAAAAACGGCACAUUUGUUUUUCUAUUUAGCUAUAUCAUGAGGGAAUAUUAGAGUAAUAUCUAAAAACCAGGAUGUUGAUUCGCUAUUUCUGUCUUUUAAGACUGGCAUUUUUCAUUGUUUAAGCUUUCUGUGUAAUCAGCAUAGCUGUGCUAUAUUGUAAAGGCAGCACACGGAUGUGUGAACGUCCCCCAUGAUGUGGAUGAUUUAAACAUGCUUUAUACCUUCCUUGCUUUCCUCUCUUCAGCGGACAUACUUCUUUACCGAUGCCAUUUUACAGACUUUAACUGAUUUAUUUUAGACUCCGAUUUUUAUACGCUUAAAAUAACAGUACCCCAAUCACAAUGGUACCUACCAAACUGUAUAUCUACCUUCUUCUGCUCAUGGUCUUCUCCGUGGUGCACUAUACUCUGUUGAAUCUGGGCUUCCUUCAUUCUAUCGGCUGGUUGUUGGACCACUAAAGCAAGAUGUAUGAUUGGACCAGGAGUCCAUGCUAAAGUCUUAUUGAUUGUAAUCACGGGGUACAAGUGUGACCCACAUCUGCUCAGGGGUCAUAGAUGACGAUUUGAAUGUAUACCCUACACAGCCCUACUGGAGAAAUACAAACACAAAAAUAACUAUCGAUGACACUGGAUUGGGUGAAAUGCUCCUUUUCCAUGACAUUGAGGUGGGGUUGAAACUGCUUUGUUUUUAUUCAUUUUCCUUAACAGUGUAACAUAUAUCAGGUGCUGGCUUUCACACGCUGCCUUGGACCACUGUUUUUAAAACCUGGAAGUAUGUCCGCUGCUCUCGUUCUCUUUGAUUUUAUUAUCAUCGUCUUUGUCUCUUUCGUUGUCCUCCCCUAUGCUGAACAUAGAUUCGAUUAUUAAGGAACAUUAUAAUGUUAUAAUUAAAAACAAGAUGUACUUUAAUGAAAUGCAUUAUCUUAUUUUUAUGUUGACGUUUUUACAUCUAUGGUGGAAAUGCAUUAAACACACAUGGUCGCGAAAGAUAAACGUCCCGUGACUUGUUUUCAAUCGCAAAGCCUCUCCUUCAUCUUCUUCAUCCUUUUCCUCGGCCUUGGUGCUCACCUUCUCCGAGCAGGGAGGCGUGCGGAAGAGAGCAUCCCGCUUCAAGACGAACUCCCGGAUCCGGCGAUUGAGAGAGAGAGAGAGGGCGGGACAUUCAGUUAGGUUUAGCGUCGAGAGCUUUACAGUUUAUCUCAGUCGCUUUGGUACAUUUCUCAGAUCAGAAUUGAAAUUUGCAAAACAGUAAGUGCAUUUCUCAAAACAAUUCGUACAAAUAGCAAAACACCAUGGAUUCCAUGCAAAAGCCAUUCUCUUGCUCAAAAUCCUUAGUUCGUUUCUCAAAAGUAAAUAUCGGUGUCAAUGAACAUGUCAGUGCCAUCACAAUGACAAGUCCUUGUGUCAUUGUGUACGGAUAAGACAGUCAAAUUGCUUAGUCAUGUUGUCAAUAUAACAAUGUACUCUGGAGGGAUGUUCUGAUGUAAACUAUGGCUAAAGUUUUGAAGACAAUUAUUGUAAAUUGUAAGUUACACCUUGGUGUAUGUGAGAGAUUGAUUGCAAGAGACUGGACAAGAUUCACAUUCACGCUUUGACUGUACGGUAAUUUGUUGACAGACCAUGUCAUUGCUAGAAAUGUGAACAUAGGAAAAUCUCCUUAGGGUAAACUGUACAUGCUUUGCUGUAGGAAUUACAGUGCAGUCUUCCUACACCUCCUUACGUUCCUGUCUGUUGGGCCACAAAUUCUCAUUCUCACGCAGCCUCACUCCUCUUCCUCUUCUUCUCUCAGGCUGUUGACCCUGUCCAAUUCCUUGUCCUUCCAUUGUCACUUGUCAGACAAUGUAACAUUGUGUUGUGCUCCAGCUAUAUUGCCAGUUCAUGGUUCAGGAGAUGCACCUUUGAGCUACUUCAGUAAACUGGUUGAUCGUUGGUUGACAACACUUCACACAUUUCCCUUCUUUAGAGAAAGUCAAGAUUCACCUGGUAGCACAUAUAUAUAUAUAUAGGCCUAUUGAUGAAACGUCAUUUAAUCCUUUGUGGUAUCGUUGUUUCGGGCUAGGUAUGACUCGGGAGAGAUAAAUGUUCUACCUUGGUCAUUCAGAGACACAAGGUCAACAAGCUGGCACUCUCGAGGUGGUUCAUGAAGCAUCCCUCGAACACAGGUAAGAAUUCAGUUUAUAUUGAAAUAUGAAAUAGGCGGAGUGGUAAAUAAGCCACUCCUCCAGGUUCUAAUUGACCCAGGUGGCCCUACGUCUCUCUUGGCCUGAAGGGCGGAAUGACAAAGAGGCCAUGUUUGUAGAGUCGUACUUAUCUCGGUCCCAUUGAACUGAAUAUUGUGUGUUGACCAAUCUUUGUGUAGAAGAAGCUAUUCAGGACUUGUGUUAGCACAACAAAUAUGUGGUCCAGUAGCUUGAAUCCUG